GCUUAAAUCACAUGGUGUCACUCGAAGUAAAGUUUGUCAACAUCGGAUUCUUAUGAUAUCAUACCUUAUCUGAUCUAAGACCCCUUGUCCGCCGCACCCGCGCCAAAACGUGUCAACCCGCACAAAUAAGCCAAAACACCAAACAACGCCUCAGUCCUAUCCGUCUCCCCCACCAAUCAACCCUCUACGCUAGAUGUUGCAAUGGCCUCCAAGCUCCCUCAAACCCCCCUAGCGGAUAUACCCGUUCUCCGCCGCUACGCCCUGCUUUCGCAUACCGAGACCUACAAUCGGACCUCAAAUCUCCCCUCACAAACCCAAGAAUCACGUCUCUCGCAACAGACUGAGUAUGAAGCUUCGCUUGUGCAAGCUACUACGGAGCUACGCAGGCGGUUGAUGGAUGAAGAAAUGGCGCUUUCGGAGUUGAGUUCACAAAUCACAAUACCAGACGAUAUAGCGUCUCGAGAAUCACCACAUAGGAAGCUGCGUAGACUGAAAGCGGAGAAAGGAGCGUACGAUGUGGCAUUUCAGACGAUAGAUUACUUACCCGGUCGGGACUCGCCCUUGAAUCUUUUACUUGCGUAUAGAAACGUUGGUCGGGUGAUUGAGCAGACGAAGGUUGCUAUCCCGAUUGUCAAUGAGCGACUGAGGUCGGUUCAGGCACAAAUUAAAGCUGAGGAGGGGAACCUAGAGGAGCAGAAUAGGCUCACCGAAGCGCUGAGGAAAAGGAUUGGGGAGCUGGAAGAGGAGGAGCAAAGGGUUGAUGUUGGAGUUGUGCAUGAUGACGCCAUUAAGGCCAUGAAUAAGAAGCGGAAGGAGUUAUUGAAGAGGACGUCGAAGCUGUUGAGAGAGUUACUGGCGUUCUUGAAAGAUGGGGGACUGGCGAGAAUGCUGGCGGCCGAGGAUAUGGGCGGACCGGUGGUGGGAGAAGACUUGCAGGUCACGCUAGAGACUGGCUUUGACAAGCGGGGUAAGGCGAGGAAAGGGGAGAGGAGAAUCGAUGAGAUGUGGGGGCAGGGAGAGAUUGGACCGGAAGAAAGUAUGGUGGAAGAGUUCAAGAUUCUAUUGGAGGAACUUAUGAAUGCAUCUUUGGAGACUACGCAGUAUGUAAACCUCAAGAAGGAUGGGGCCGCGGCAAGAUUCUUAGUUAGAGCUAAAGUCGCUGCAUAUCAUCCGAAGGAUGCUGGGAAAUUGAAACUACUGGACUUUGGUAGCACGGUUGAAGACGGGUGA